AUUUAUAAAUCAGAUUGAUAACGCUUUACAAAACUGUAAAUCACGAACUAAAACCUGUACAUUACUUUGUAUCUAAGAAUUUAAGCUCUGGAAAAGGAAAGAUCGUUAACUUCACUUGUAUAGUGGCGAAAUGCCUACGCUUUCUUUUCCCGUCUCCCAACGUCAACUCCCAAGUGAAAAAGCCCACGUGGUUCAUCAUCCAGUGACACACCAUCGCCGCCGAGACACGUCAUUUCACGGUGAUUCUUCCGUUCCAUGGCGGUGGCGACGACCUCCUCCAGCGACAACAUCGCACCUCCAUCACAAUCCAUGGAUAAAUCACCUACGACGAAUUUAACCGAUGCUGCUGCCGUCACCGAAUCUUUGUCGGCAGUAAAUGGUUCCUCAUCUGCCUCUCCGGCAGAUCUGGCUGAUAACUCCAAAUCCUCAUAUUCACCUUCCAGACAACUCGAAUUUCAGCCGUCGUUGAGGAGCGAAGAAUAUCGACAACUGUUUCGUCUUCCUCCUGAAGAAGUCCUUAUUCAAGAUUUCAAUUGUGCAUUGCAAGAGAAUUUCAUUCUUCAGGGCCAUAUGUACCUGUUUUUCCAUCACAUAUGCUUUUAUUCAAACCUAUUUGGAUUUGAAACAAAGAAAAUAAUUCACUUUGAUGAAAUUACAGAGGUAAAAAGAGCAAAGACUGCAGGAAUAUUCCCUACUGCCAUAGAAUUAACAGUUUCUGAAAAAAAGUACUUUUUUACAUCAUUCUUGUCACGUGAUGAAGCCUUUAAGCUCAUUAGUGAUGGUUGGUUAGAACAUGGAAGUGGAAGUAAAACUAUUUCUGAUCAACAGGUUUCAAAAUCCGGGUUGAUUGAUGAAGAGCCUGAAAUUGUUAUGGUUGAAGAUUCAGAUGAAGCUAGACCACUAGGGGAUGAUCUUGAAAUCACAAACGGAAGCAGCACUGGUGACAAUACACCAGAAGAUCCCAACUGUACACCUGGCAGUGAAGCUGACGUGUCAUUGAGAUCUUCAAGAGUUCAAGAUGCUGUAGAUGAUGACACCAUUGUUGUUCAAAAUACUGAUUGUUCAUCUUCUGGGAAAUCUUUAGCAUGGGAAGUUGGGGAUUCUGAUGCACCAAUUGUGCCUGAGGGUUAUACACUGGCUGCAGAAUCUACAUUUCCGAUAAAAGUGGACGAGUUCUUUAGUCUAUUUUUCUCAGAUGAGGCCCUCCCUUUCCUUGAAUCAUAUCACAAUAAAUGUGGAGAUAAAGAUCUUAAGUGCACAUCAUGGAAACCCCAUGAUCAACUUGGUUAUGCUCGUGAAGUAUCCUUUCAGCAUCCAAUCAAAAUUUAUUUUGGUGCAAGAUUUGGUUCUUGCAAUGAAGUACAAAACUUUCGAGUUUACAAGAACAGUCAUUUGGUUGUGAAGACAUCACAAGUGAUCAAUGAUGUUCCCUAUGGAGACUACUUUUGUGUAGAGGGGCUAUGGGAGGUGGUAGCAGAUUCAAAUAAUGGUUGCAGAUUAAGGGUGUAUGUGAAUGUCGCAUUCUCUAAAAAAACCAUGUGGAAAGGGAAAAUAGUGCAGGCUACAAUUGAAGAGUGCAGAGAUACCUUUGCAGCUUGGAUAGAACUUGCACAUGUGUUACUGAAACAGAAGAACAUUGAGAAAGAAGCCAACUUGAUUGCUGCUGUAAACGUAGAAGAAACACAGGUUCCGGAACGUUCUGAAGCGCCAGGUCAGCAGGGGGACAUAACGAUGAUGACUCAGACUGUUCCAGUGUCCCAGGAAGUGAAGCGCCAGGUCAGCAGCAGUGGUUCUUCUGGGACUGCAUCGAAUUUAAGAGAUUCCAUUCCAAAGCUGUUUGCAUCUUUCAAGUCUCAGAAUCAUGUCCCUUCCUUUGUUGUUAUACUCAUGGCUGUGGUCAUCCUUCUCAUGCAGAUAAGCAUUGUGGUGCUGUUACUAAGACCACCAACCGUGCAAGUAGUUUCCGACACAAGUUGGAUGAGCAACAGCAACGCACGCAUAGACAGAAGGGGCGAAACGGUCAAUUUACUAAAUAAACAGAUCGAUCAUCUCAAAGAGGAGAUGCUAAUCGUUGAAACAUUGCUACAAAAAAUGAGACACGAACAUGAUAUGUUAAAUGUUCAACUCAAAAAGUUAAUGCUUUAUAAGAAUUAACAAAAUAUGAAUAUGAGCAAUGUUUGUUUGAAUUCUCCUUUUUUUUUUUUUAUCAAGUUGUUAAAAGUCGAUAUGUGAUGAAAUUUGUAUGGAAUUGAAGAAAAAUGUAUAG